AUGAUAUCAUUCAUAAAAAAAGUUGCCAAAGGUAUAUCGAAAGGUUGUUCUUGGUGUAAAAGUGUGAGCUUUCGUAAAUAUUUUAGUGAAGAUUAUUUUUGGACCCAAGCUAAUAUAGGUCCAUUGUGUAUUGGUAUAAUAACAGCACCCUACUGGAUAUCAUCUUUAAAAAACAUUUAUUGGUCCCGUCGUUAUGAAAAGUUAAACAAAGAAGAAAUUUUAUCUGACCGAUUUACGUGGUUAUAUGAAAGAAUGCUAGAAGAUGAAGUUCAUAAGACCUUAUUAGAUAAAUUAUCGUCAUACAACUUUAAAAAUAAUGGCCCAGAAAAUAUGCUAGGCCCAAGCAUUAUAUAA